AUGAAAGAGGCGAAGGGGGUGCUGCUGGAGGGCCGCAAAAGCCUCUACAUGUCGCUGCAGCAAAACACGGGGGUUUCGUGGUUUAGGGGUUUGAGGGUUUUGAAGUUUUUGGAAAUCCACCAAGCAGCAAACCCUCCUUUGUCGCAGCAGCAGCAGCAGCAAGUGGCAGCAGCAGUGGCCCUCGCCAAACUCGGGCCCUGA